UGCGGUCCUGUGGUCGUCCGUUUUUCCGAAACCUCUCGUGAAAUUCGUCACAACCUCCCACUCUCUCGACUCGACUCUUCAAGACACUUUUCCCGAUCGCUCGCACCGGCCGACCAGAUCUAAAACCUCAGAAUCACAUGCUGACCAGGUCGCUGAGAGACACAACACUGCGACAAGGUUGCCGUCCACUCCGUGAAGACGUCCGGUCGCGCUCAAGUGGCUGACUGACCCACCACCCCACGGAGAAAAGAUCUGUGCGUCGCUUUCAGUGUAGAGCACCACUGCUGACAGACAAGGAGAAUUCAGACCGCUACUUUUUUGACAAUCAGUCACGUUUGAUUAAGACGGACCAAACACCCUCAUCGACAGCAUCAUCUGCACUACCGUCAUGAAGGCUUCCGCUUGCACGUUCCUCAACCGUUUCUCGGUGAGCAGCAUCCGGCAGUAUGCCCCGCUGUUCCUCAACUACAUGGACAAGUGCCCCGUCAUGAAGCACCACCACAGCCGCCUGCAGAGCACCGUCAGCAACGAGAAUGCUGCCCCAGCCCAGGCGUCUGAAGAGGAAGUGGCCAAGUGCCCGUUCCUGACCAGCAAUGACGUGACCUUGACCAAGGCCAGCGAGAGCAUCCAAGAGGACACCAUUGACCGCCAGCAGCUGCUGGACCUCAAGCCUGAUGAGAUCAAGACUACUGAGGACACCAAGUUCUUCAACUAUGAUGGCUUCUUCAGCAAGCAGCUGCAGAAGAAAAAGGAUGAGCACACCUACCGCGUGUUCAAGAAGGUGAUGCGCGACGCGUCGUCGUUUCCGCACGCCUACGAGCACUCGAAGGGAGAGAAGGACAUCACGGUGUGGUGCAGCAACGACUACCUGGGCAUGAGCUGGCACCCGAAGGUCAAGGCCGCAGUCAGUUCGGCUCUAUCGAAGCAUGGAGCGGGCUCAGGAGGCACUCGUAACAUCUCAGGAAAUUCCCCGUUGCACGAGAACUUGGAGGCGGAGCUAGCCAAACUGCAUCAGAAGGAGGCGGGGCUUGUAUUCACCUCUUGCUACGUGGCCAAUGACACAACGCUCUUCACUCUAGGCAAGCAACUCCCUGGCAUGCACUUCUUCUCUGACGCGGGCAACCACGCAUCCAUGAUCCAGGGCAUCCGUACCAGCAUGGCCAAGAAGCACGUGUUCCGUCACAACGACCCAGAGCACCUGGAGGAGAUGCUGCAGAAGGUGGACCCACUCACCCCCAAAGUGGUGGCCUUCGAGACGGUGCACUCCAUGGAUGGUUCCAUUUGCCCAACAGUUGAGAUGUGUGACGUGGCUCAUAAAUACGGAGCCUUGACCUUUGUGGACGAGGUCCACGCGGUUGGGCUGUACGGGGAUCACGGGGCCGGUGUUGGGGAGCAGGACAACUGUCUGGACAAGAUGGACAUCAUCUCGGGAACUCUAGGCAAAGCUUUUGGCAACAUGGGUGGCUACAUCGUGGGCUCGGCCAAAAUGGUGGACAUGAUCCGUAGUUAUGGCUCUGGCUUCAUCUUCACCACCUCCCUGCCCCCAACUGUGUUGUCCGGCUGUCUUGCUUCAGUCAAGGUGCUGGCCAGCGAAGAGGGACAAGAACUGCGGGCCAGGCAGCAAUCCAAUGUGCGGUACCUGCGGGAGAAACUGGUCUCCAACGGUCUGCCAGCUCAGCACAGCCCCAGUCACAUCAUCCCAGUUAUGGUUGGUGACGCCGAGAUCUGCACCAAAAUGUCCAAUGACCUCAUUUCCAAGUACGGAGUCUACGUCCAGUCCAUCAACUACCCAACUGUGGCUAAGGGAACCGAGCGUCUCCGGAUCGCCCCAACCCCGCACCACACCCGCGAGAUGAUGGACAGGUUUGUGGGUGACCUCACUCAGCUGUGGAAGGACUCUGGCCUUGAGAUGUACACUCAGAUCUACCCUGAGAACUGCGAGAGCUGCCGCAAGCCUUUGUCCAUUGAGAAGAUGUUCCACAGCCAGCCCAUCUGCCAGCGUUCCAACUGCACCUAUGCCUCUCUGCAGGCUGCCCUAGUAUGAGCUCUGAGAAAAACAAAAUCUUCCCCAAAAAAGUGUCCUUCAUUCCCCCCCCCCCUUCCUCCCCAUCCUCCUUUUUCUCCUCUUUUCUUCUUUCAUUCUUCCUAUGGACUCUCUUGUCUUCGACUUUGAGGAAAAUUGUAAAAAAGGAAACCUAUUGAGACUUAAAUUAUGAGGAAAAAACCAACUCUUAUUGAACUUAAAAGUCUCCCCCCCCCCCCCCCCCCCAUUCUAACAUUACCCUCUUUGGCCUCUUGCUUGUCUCAGUCUAAACUCUGCUUAAAGGAUUAAUGACAAUAUGCAUACUGUGGUUUCAAGUUACUUGUCUGAAGUCUGCUAGAUAAGUUUUUUUUCUCUUUGCACAGGGAUGGGCUUUUACCUGAUUUUUUUUCACAAUAUUCAAGAUUUCUUUAUGGCAAAGAAAAAUAAAAAGUCGUGAAUAAGCACUUCACUGUUUUGUUUAUGAUUUAAGUUCAUGUGCAAGGUGUCCUGCUUCUGAUGUCAAAACUAGGAUUUUUUCAAUAGAAAAAUUGUAUCCAUCCCUGGCUGCAAGCAGCAAUUGUUUUCCAUUCGCAGAAUUUUAAAAAUGGUCAUAAAUGAGUUGAAAUUGACUAUUUUUCCACCAGCAAUGUCUUACCUGUCACCACGAAAUGUGUGCCAAGAGUAAUUGCUAUUGUCAUUAUCAGACAUGAAGACACUUGGCAGAUAAGAUGGAGGAGAUAGCAAAGUGUCACCCACUUUUACGCCUCUUCCCUCUUUCCCAUCCCCUUCUCUCCCUUCUUCUCCUUUUCCUUUCAUCUUUUUUCUAUUUCUGUCUGUUUUAAAUCCCCUUUUUCUUCCAAACCAUGGAUUUGAAUGGACAGAUGAACUGCAAAUGUCAUUGGACAAUGAGAUAAGGAAAAAGAGCAAGACACAGUACUCAGUUCUAGGCUCAAGGUGUCUGGGCAAAUGCUUUCAAUUAAAAUCCCUUGAAGCAGAAUAGAAGACAGAAAGUAGAAGACGAGAGAAAGAAAAAAAAGCUGACAGUUACAGGAAAGAUGGCAGUAACAACAGUAGCACAAAUUAUGUGUAGAUACAGCUGCAGCCUAUUUCCUAAUGAUAGUUUUAGAUCGAAAAAGAUUUUUUAAAAAAGUAUCCGCUAUGAUGAUCGUCUCAGUGACGGUAAUAAUAGUGGCAACAUAAAUGAUAGUAAGAGAAAAGCCGACUUACUGAUAUAAUAUGUAUUUCAAUUUAAUUAGAAUUGUCUUGUUGUAGUUGUCACAAACAACAAAUGUUGCAAGAUGAUUUUACUAAAAUUUCCCUUCCACUUCCACACUUAAUAUUAUGGAUGUACAAAUUCAUAUAUGUAUUCAAAGAAAGAACAAGCGCUGAUGGGCUAGAGCUGGAUAUUGUGCCUUUAUCACAAAAACUUUCAGUCUGAAGCAAUGACCACUUUUCUUGGACUGUCAUAUUGAAUAUUUCAACUGAAGUUGUCGGCCUUUUGUGUUUGCAGAAAAGAUUGGUAGUUCAAAGGAAACUUAGAUGCAAAGUUUAACAUGAAUUGAACUAUUUUAUUUUUAUAUUGACGGCCUUGUAUAAAAUUUUGGAAUUCUCUAAAUUAAAAAAAAAGACUGAUUUAUAAAGAGGAAAAGGCAAGGACUUGCUCAGAGGACCCCCCUCCCCCCCGCCCCGUGAAGUCAUUGCAUCAGACUGAUUGUGAACUUAAUUCAUAUUAUAAUCAAAUAGAACUCUUUUAAAAGACUUUGCUUUCUUGAAAUAUAAUUCUGUAGUCAACUUUCUUUAAAAUCGAUGAUAGCCAAGCCAGUGUAGGGAAGUUUAGCAUGUCAAAACUCGCAACAAAUGUCUAUAGUGUUGUGAGCAUGAAGGACUUCUCUGUAUAUCUUUUCAUACAGGACUGAUGCAUAAUAGGGAAAUCACAUGUUCAUUUAAUGGCGUAUUACCCAACUUCAACUUGCAAACUUUCUUUGCUAGCUUUGACUCUUUUUUUAAGACACUGUUGAGAUAGGAUGCACACCAUGUGACUCCCUGGAAAAAGGAUAAGAAUGUGAAUGCAUGGUUUAAGACUUGCGUCUUACUAUACAAGUCAUCUUUGAGACAAGGUUACAAGUCCAGGUGUUUUGGCUGAAGAAAAAAAGCUAUUCAUACCACCUUUGAGUAGCAUCUGUAAUUUUAGGAAUAUGCAUCAUCUAUCCCACAAGAGGUGAUAGGGAGCAGGAUGGAGUUGGGUGUGGCCAGAUAUCUGCAUUUGAUAUCAGAAGAUUAAUGAUAUUACUAUUGUCUUUUUUAAAACUAGGAUAAUGAUUAAUUAUCGUAAUAAUGAAUAAUGUCAUGGAAAUCCAAAUUUUAUUUAUAGAGACAGUAAAAUCUCGCCAUUUUACAUUUGUAAAUUUUGUGGCUAAAGACGUCAUAGUGUUCUAGAUAUGAGAUUUGACUGACAACAAAGUUAACAUGCAGGAAGCAUAUAUAUAUAUCUAGAGAGAGUGAAUCCUAUUGAGGACAGAAACCUAUACAAAAUUAAUGUUUAAACUUAAAAUCAUUUUUUAACAUUUAAAUUAGUUUCCUUCAGCUGAUAGACAUUGUAUUAAAAUAGAAUUUCUUGGAUUAAGUUGAUUUGGAGCCUUUAGGCAAAAACAGUCAAGACUAGCAAAUCUCUACAUGUACAUCAUGGGAUGGCCUUCAAAGCAAAAUGAAUUUUCAAUUAAAAAAAACUUUAAUCAUAUGAAAUGUAAACAGCUAGCGAGUUUCGUGUGCAAUUUCAGCAUCACUAGUUUAGACUACAGCAGGGAGGAUACUAAUAACGUAGGAACAGCUAUUUUUUCAAUGUCUUGAGGAAAUAACCAGUGUCUAAUCAGAUUUUUUACUACUUACAGAGGGUGUUUUUUUUUUAAUAAAACAAGACUUGGUUUUUGUCUUGUAGUUCCAUAUGCAUGAUUUUAUAAUUUGUGGUGUUAUUCUUUGGUAUUUAGCUUAUUUUGCCUUUUUGGGGGGUUUAGAGAGAGAAAGAGAGGGAAGCAUCACUGGGAAACGCAUUGAAUACUUCAAUAGGAAAACCUUUGAAUGUUAAGAUGUUUUUAUUAUUUAAUCUUGGAACACAGCCAUAGUUGGCUCCUAUGUCACAAUUCUAAUGCUUUAGGCAAAGAAUCUACAAAUUCUAAAUUAUGUUCAUGUCAAGAAGACAUCUAGUAGAUUAAUUCCCCCACCCCCUUUCCCCACUGCCCCACUUUUAAUUUUGGAUUAUGUCGGCCAUUCCAUACCUUUUGAUAAUUCGAACUUCAUUAAAGUCUGAAGUGCAAUAUUCUAUCUUUAACACUCUGUUUAUAUGACAUGGACUAUCAUUUACAUGAUAUGGUCCAUCAAUAUAACUGAGUGUAUAGAGUUAAUAACAUUGCUGUUAACAAUGUGUGCUUCCCUCUCUUAUUGUAAAGUUAGGCAGAACGUAUAAGUCCGGAAUUACAAAGUUUAUUUUCUGGAUGUUCCAAAAAUUUUAGAAAGAUUUAUUUUCACAGGUUGAAAACUUUGGGGGCAAGUAGUUAAUCAUGGGUUCUUUUUUUUUUUUUCCAUAUUCCAUUUCAUAUUUGCAUUUGGGUGUAGCUUUUUAUGAAGUCUUUUACCAGACUAACACUUAACCUUUACUGGGUUUAUGAUUUUCAGAUAUAAAGGGAUAUACAGAAUUUGUGUUUUUUUAAAUAAUUAAUUGAAAUUUCUUUGUUUGGCUUUUCUAGAAAGUAUUAUUUUUGUAAUUUGAAUUAGGUAAUGUCCAACUUGAACAGCUGUGGCCCCUUUUAGUUUUUAUUCAAUUUUCUUAGAAGUUGUCAUUUUGUCAAGCUCUGACCAGAUAGUUUUUGCUUCUAAAUUUCUUUAUAGUAGCAAAAACAUACUUUUACGAAAGCUUUAAUAAGAAGUAUAUAUCUUAAAAUGCCUGGUCAUACAACACAUUUCUAAAAUGUAACAAUAACUGUCAGAUUUGUAGUUUUUGAAAUAUCUCAGCUGAGAAUUUGUCUAAAUGCAGCUUCAAAAUGCUCACUGCAGAAGUAACAAAUUAGAUCUUUUACGAAAGAGAAAAAGAUCAGAAUAUCUAUUGGUUACAAGAAGACGUAACCUCGAUAAAUGGAGACUGAAAAAAACAAAAUUGGAAGUAAUCCUUCUCCACUUUCUUUAAGGAGCUAUUAUGUAAAAGCGGGUUGGUUCUAAAAUUUUUACCUUCCUUCACGAUUAUUUUGUUGCUAGAUCUAGGUGAAAAAAAAGUUAUUAAAGAUCUCAGUGUUUACAAGUACGAUGAGUAGUUUUGAAGGGCCACGGUUUGUUCUUGUAUUUUACGUGGUGGUGUUUCUUCUUCUUUCUAGUUUGGGUUUCAACAGUUUGCUUGGAAUUCUGUUACAGCAACUAAUUUUAUCUUGGUCAUUUUCUUCACCUUAUCAUAUGCUGCUAAACUAAUCGUGCUUUAUUUUGCCUUGAAAAGUGAAAGAAAUAUAAAGUUAUCUACUGCAGUAACGUAGUUUAGAAGCAGAUUUGUACUGAAGUCUUAAUUUUAACAUAUGGUAUGUGCCUCCCCUCAAAAUCAUGUUAGAUUUCACAAAAAAACAAAGCACCAAAUUAUUUGAUCUUGUUCUGAGCACAGUUACAACAAAAGUUUUAAAAAAGAGUGCUCAGUCAGGUUCCUCAUCCCGAUUGUGAAAAUUUGCCAGCGAUUAAAAUGAAAUGAAUGUUUUAGCCUCAAAAUAUUUCCUUGAGUUCAAGAAAGUAGCUGGGGAGUAUUUGAUUUAAUGGUUUUUCUGGUUUUAAAGAAGCAGCACUUUGAUAAAAUGAGCUAAAUAGCAUUUUCUCUUGAUAUGCAAUUUGACUUUGCAUAGGGAUUGAUUUUUUUCAUUUUAAGUGAUUUUUAAGCACUUGUUGGAGCUAUAUUAUGGUAGAGAACUGGUAGGAACAAAAAAUUGAUGGUUACUUCUUUUUUGUUGUUGUCAGUCUUGAGUUUGCGAUAAUGAUAACAAUAAUGUCAAUAGUGAUAAUGAUAUAGCUGUUGGAUAGAACUGCAAUACUGAUUACGUGCUAAUGUAAACAAUGCACGAUAGUUGGAUGUAUAAUUUUGACAUACACAAUCUCCCUCCCCGUCCCCGUACUUCCCCAAAAUUCCUCCAAGACAAUAAAAAAGAUGUAGUAGCAUCAAAACAAAGGUGUUUUAUUAUUCUAAACUGCAGAUCAAGAAGGCGAAGUCUGUUAAAGUUAACAUUUAGCAGAUAAAACUCAAUAUAAUGAUUGCCUUUUUUCUUCUCAACAAUGUGUUCAUUGUGCAAGAAGUUCAUCCGUUCAUUUCACUCGGAGCUGGUGAUUUCUUUUACAUAUGUAAAGCAGUCGUUGUGAUUUGCCUGCUGCUUAUAUAUUAUGUCCAAACUGCCCCAUCUUGGUCCAUCUCUCUUUCCCCCCCAUUGAUAUUGAAUGGUCAAAAGGUUACCUACUUUUUCGUCGAAAAUCCCUUGAAAUGUCAAAAUAUCUCAGAGCUCAUCUCACAAGGGUAAACUGCAGAACGGCUAGGCCGGUCCAGCUGGUCACAUGAUACAUAUCGUCGUGUGUUCGGUCUAUUGUCACUUUUGUUAUUAUUGGUAACACUGCCGCGACCAAUGUUUUGUACUCGUACUCAUUUUAUCAUAAUAUUAUUUGUGAUUCUGUGAAGUCUGGUAUUGUUUCUAUGUUAUUUUGAAGCGUUUUAUACAUUUUCCCUGGUUCUUGCAUACCAGUUAUGGAGCCAGGAGCAAGUGGAGUGGCUCAUCGCAAGCCAUGACAAGAGGAAGAGAGGAGUGUUGAUGACAAGAAUUUUGAGUGUGUUCUACUGAGAAAUCAAUGACUCGAGUCUGGGAGUUUGCUUUUAAAAAAAAAGUUCUAAGCAGUCUUCUAUCUUGAUAUUGCAAAGAAAUACCCCUGUAACCAUGACCAUUCUUGGUCGACUUCCUCUUUUUUUAGGAAGUGGAAAAGGGGAAUUGCAGUUUUACUCUAUUUUUGACUUAAUCAGAUAGUACUUUGUUGUUACUUUGAAAAUAGAACUGGGGUUGGAAAUUUUUGUAUUACAUGGACAUUUGUCAGCUGUGAUAUUUGUUUGAACUUUAAGGAAUUAGUUUUCUUGAGUUAACUUUGUCUCUGAAAGUAAUGACGUCUACUCUCUAGAUUUGUGAAUCUCGCAUGCCUCAUGCAUACCUCUCUGUAUACUUUUAAAUUUUCCUCAAGAAAUAUCAUGAAUGAGGGAAGUAUUUCUGUGAUCAAAAUGGUCUCUUUUUUCAGGAGCACCACACAAACGAUGUAUUCUUAUUUCAAGUACUCAGUGCAUCAUUUCUUGAUUGCUGAGAUAUUUGAUUUCAUCAGAAGCAGUCCCUUGUUCCAUGACUUUCAGGUUUUAAGGAUUUUCUUCUUGUUUUUAAAUUUAGACUGAGGUUUAUUUCUAUGCGCCACUUCUGUUGUAACUUGUGGUUGCACAGUUGUGAAGAUUGAACUCGGAACUUAUAUAAUUAGUGUACUGAUGUGUACAUAUAAUACGCAAAUAUGUAGAUUUUAUUUUAGACUGGCUGAUCUGUAUUCAACCUGAAAGUAUCUGUGUACUACAAUGUACAUUUAAAAGAUACAUGUGUAUUUAGCUUUCCCAAGUGUAGCUGACACAAAAAUAUGUAGAUGUUUUGUGGAUAAGCUCAUCUGUUUCCAACCUAAAGUAUUCAUAUGCUAAAAUGUACAUACGAAAGGUAUGUAUUUUCUUCCAUUAUAAUAGUUUAUAGAAUGAACUGUAUUGCUUUGUAGGGUACGGGUGUGUCAGAGAUGGUACACAGCAGUGAUAUAGUGGUCACAAAUAUUUUUAAAUUUUAUUUUAAAGUCUGUAAGCAUCGCAACAUGACCUGUAAUGAGGUGUAGUGAGUAGACAUACGUUCCUCAAUCAGAGUAAUUGUGCACCCGGCCAUUGUUUUUGUACUUGUGUACAUUUGCAUUUUAUUUGCUCAGUAAAUGUCUCUUCUUCUUCUCAUGAACUUUCUCCUUUUCCUUUGGGAACAUUUCCUCCUGGAGUAGAAUAUGUAGAUAAAAUCAGACUUGUGUCGCGGGCUGUAAAGUUUUCACUCUGGGUGAUUGGAUUGAAUUCUUUUAUUUGUUUCUUUCUUGACCACUACUGUAGAUAUCAAAUUUUUGCAACGUCGGCGUUUCUUUCCCACAAUCAAAUGACUUUGAAAACUGAGAUGAAUUUUGACAUAAAUGUGAAAAAAGACCCACCAAAAAUCCUGGACUUGUAUUGUGUAGUUUCAGCUCUCUUUUUCUUUGAUUGUGGUAAGGAAAUGAGCUUAUUUUUUUAAGAAAAUAGGUCUGACUUAUUACCAUACUUCGGUGUCAAAAGUGUGGCAGCUGUCAAAAUAAGUUGUGCUGAUUUAGAUAGCCUUGUGAAUAUCUACUUGUAUUUCCAGGCUAAAUGAUCUGUAUAUUUACUUUUCAAAAAGCUUAAAAAUGAAAUUUCAAGUUUGGUAGUGAGGUUCAUCAAGUGAAGUGUCAUGAUUUGUUCAGACUAAUGAUGCGACAGACGGCUCGUUUGAAUUAAAAUUGAGCAGUUCUAUUUUGCAGGAUUGUAAGUUGUUUUUUGAAGUCUGGAGUACAUGUUUUCAUGUACAUGUAUUCAAUGAGCUGUCAUAUUUAUAAAUUUAUCUAUAUCUACAGUUGCUUGUCAAUUCUAGUAUUGUGAUCUUUUCAUGUCUUGUCUUUCACUUUUGGUGAUUUCUUUUACAAUGUUAGGAGGAAUGUUUCUCAUUCUAACAGUUGCUGUUCAAUAGAGAUAAUGUUUAAAAAAAAUUAAAAUGAAAAGAUGAAUAAAAUGGCCAAUAUGAAAAAAAA